GGACAAGCUGAGAGUGCCGGAGCCGAGAAUGCCGGAGGAGCCCACACAGGAGCCAGUCAGGGUUCCCCUUGUGUUCCGCUGCAAGCUCCUGCCUUGCAGUCCUGUCUCGGCCUCCCUCCGUGACGAAGUCUGAAAGCCAAGUCUGAAAGCUUCACUCUCCCAAGCUGCAAGGUCUUGGAAGGUGACCAUGAAGACAGAAGAAGCUACAUUUUUCACAUGAUACUUGAAGUUACUGACUGCCUACCACAUUUUCUUGAAAAUUAAAUAUGACUUAGAUGCGUUGAAGGUUUAUGAUGUCAUCAGUUCCAACAGAAAGCAAACCCCAUCAGGCUGUGAGCCUGAAGGGAGCUGACCCGGAAACAUGCAUGAUCGUGUUUAAGAACCACUGGGCACAGGUUGUGAAAAUCUUGGAAAAGCAUGACCCCCUGAAGAAUGCCCAGGCAAAACAUGGGUCCAUCCCCCCAGACGAGGCCAGCGCCGUGCAGAACUAUGUGGAACACAUGCUCUUCCUGCUGAUUGAGGAACGAGCCAAAGAUGCCGCCAUGGGGCCAAUUCUGGAAUUCGUGGUCUGUGAGAACAUCAUGGAAAAGCUCUUCCUUUGGAGCCUGAGACGGGAGUUCACUGACGAAACCAAACUGGAGCAGCUGAGGAUGUACGAGCUGCUGGUCACGCAGUCCCGCCAGCCCCUGCUGCACCACAAGCCCAUCCUGAAGCCCCUCAUGAUGCUGCUGAGCUCCUGUUCGGGCACGGCCACCCCCGCCGUGGAGGCCAAGUUGGUGGUCCUGCUCAACCAGCUCUGCUCCAUCCUUGCCAAAGACCCGUCCGUCCUGGAACUCUUCUUCCACACUAGUGAGGACCAAGGGGCCACCAACUUCCUCAUCUUCUCUCUCCUGAUCCCCUUCAUCCACCGGGAGGGCGCAGUAGGCCAGCAGGCUCGGGACGCCCUGCUGUUUAUCAUGUCUCUCUCGGCUGAGAACAGCAUGGUGGCCAGCCACAUAGUGGAGAACACCUACUUCUGUCCAGUACUUGCAACUGGACUCAGCGGCCUCUACUCUUCCCUGCCCACGAAGCUGGAGGACAGAGGUGAGGAGUGGCAGUGCCUCCUGAAGGACGACUGGCUGCUGCUGCCGUCCCUUGUCCAGUUCAUGAACUCUCUGGAGUUCUGUAACGCCGUCAUCCAGGUGGCUCACCCUUUGAUCCGCACUCAGCUCGUCAGCUACAUUUACAAUGGAUUUCUGGUUCCCGUAUUGGCUCCUGCCCUCCAUAAGGUGACGGUGGAGGAGGUCAUGACCACGACGGCGUACCUGGACCUUUUCCUGCGCAGCAUCUCCGAGCCAGCGCUUCUGGAGAUCUUCCUCCGAUUCAUCCUCCUGCACCGACACGAAAACGUGCACAUUCUGGACACCCUCACCAGCCGGAUCAACACCCCCUUUCGGCUUUGCGUGGUGUCCCUGGCGCUUUUCAGAACUCUUAUCGGCUUGCACUGUGAAGAUGUGAUGUUACAACUAGUUCUAAGGUAUCUGAUCCCCUGCAACCACAUGAUGCUGAGUCAAAGGUGGGCUGUGAAGGAGAGAGACUGUUACUCCGUGUCUGCCGCCAAGCUGCUCGCCUUGACCCCUGUUUGUUGUGCCAGUGGCAUCACUGUAACACUUGGGAACCAAGAAAGGGACUAUAUUCUCUGGUCAAAGUGUGCACUCGAUGGUCCAGGCCCCGAGGAGGAGCAGCUGUCCCCGGAAGUGCCCUGCCCACCUUCUUCAGCUGCCCCUCCUUGCCCGCCUGCCCCGGCAGCCUGCAUUGUGGAGUACGGGAAGGCCCUGGACAUCAGCUACCUGCAGUACCUGUGGGAGGCCCACACCAACAUCCUGCAUUGCAUGAGGGACUGCAGGGUGUGGUCAGCCCUCUAUGACGGGGACUCGCCUGACCCCGAGACCUUUCUGCAGGGCCUGUCAGAGGAGGGCCAGGAAGACUCGGGCCACCCAGAGGCCAUGCUCCGCCAACAGCCUUCGAGGACUCAGGGGCAGACAAAGGGCCAGUCGGAGCUGGAAUGGGAUGACAGCUAUGACACCGGCAUCUCAUCGGGGGCUGACGUGGGCUCCCCUGGGCCCUAUGAUGGUGUGGAUCCCCCAGUGCCCCCAACACCUGCCGAGCCCCCCAAACACAUCCAAGAGAUGAAGAAGAGCGCCAUCCUCCUCUUCAAGGGGUCCUACAUCGAAGAGGCAGACUUUCAGGAUGAUGUGAUGGUGUACAGGCUGUGUGCCGAGAAGGACUCGGAGGACGCCAGGGAGCCACAGGGGCACGCCACCGCCCCACCAGCCGAGGCCCAGCCCAGGGCCCACAGUCCCUCCGUGAGCAACGGACCUCUCUUUAGCCCCAGUCCUGAGGCCGAGUCACAGCCCAGCAGGGAGAGUUCAGACCUGAAUCAGAACGCGUUCUCAGAAGCCAAGCCAGACAACGUACCUGAGGUCGCCUUGGAGUCCGACUUGGAGCUGAAAGCCCCCACGGUUGAGGCAGAGCCCCAGUCAGACCUGCUGGUGGCCAGCACGGAGAGUGAAGAUUUCAUUGCCCAGUACAACCAGAUGGUUCAAGAGCUGGAUUCUGGCACUGAGGGCCUGAUGGACCCCUUGCUCCCUAUGCAUCAUGAGGAAAGGAGAGGAGGAUGCAAAGUAGAAGAGGAAGAUGAUUUCGACUCCCUCAUGGCAGAUGCUCCUGCUGUGGAGCCCGGGCCAUCCCCAUUUGGUGUGGGAGAGGACUCGGCCUUUGCUAGCCACCAUCUUGCCAGAACUCAGGGCACCCCAUUCACAGGCCCGUUCAUCAGCGUGGUGCUGUCGAAGCUGGAGAACAUGCUGGAGAACUCUCUUCACGUCAACCUGCUUCUCAUUGGCAUCGUCACGCAGCUGGCCAGCUACCCGCAGCCGCUGCUGCGCUCCUUCCUCCUCAACACCAACAUGGUCUUCCAGCCCAGCGUCCGCUCGCUCUACCAGGUCUUGGCAUCUGUGAAGAACAAGAUCGAGCAGUUCGCUUCGGUGGAGAGAGACUUCCCAGGCCUCCUUAUCCAAGCCCAGCAGUACCUGCUCUUCCGGGUGGACAUGUCCGACGUGGUCCCUGCGGCGCCCACCAAAGAUCCCAUUCAGGAAGGCUCCAGGACAGAAAGUGACAAGUCCCUUCUGGAUGGCCCUCCACGUGUGCUUCAGCCCUUCCUGGGCAACAGAGCCAAGGCGGCCAGGGCACCGCCAAGCCUGCCGCAGCCAGUGAAGAACACCAUGCUGGCUGCUGCCCUCUUCCCAGAGUUCCUGAAGGAGCUGGCAGCCUUGGCCCAAGAACACUCCAUUCUGUGUUACAAGGUCCUGGGGGACUUUGAGGACUCCUGCUGUUAGCUUGUUAAACUGUUUUAACAGAGAUUGGUUUAUAAGUUACGGUCUUGACUGAAUGUUAAGUGCAAAGCUGCUUAUGGAAACACGUGUGUCUACUUUGAUAUUUCCUGGUGAUACUUGAUUUGUAGGGAGGGUUAUUUGUGCGCCUCUCUCUGGCCCGGCCUCCCUUGCUAUUCAGAAUGUAAAUCUUGGAAGCUGGCUAUCCUCUGGGCAGGCCUUUUCUGCCCAGCGUUUCCUCUUCUCCUGGGCCUUGCAGGGCAGAUGUUCAGCUUGAAGCUCGGAUGGGACGGGGCACACACUGGGCUCUGUGCUCUCCGGACACCGUAGGGGGCUUGGAAGCCUGUCAGCAGCCGCACACUGCUGCCUGCCACCCUCUGCACUCUGUGAAACGCAAGAACACCAUGGAGCUCCUCCUGCCGCCCAGGGACACAGCAUUUGCCACUCGAGUUUUACUUCCAGGACCUGCAGCCUCUCCACACGCGCUGCCUUAUGUUGUAGGAAAAUCCCCAAGCUCCAGCUGUCUGCCCCAAAAUUCACAUGGAAGGAAUCUGGAAUGCAGGGAAUUUUUCGCGUUGCUUGAGAGCUGCUGUAACCACUUCAACACAACCAAGACACAGACAGCCUUAAUUUAGUAAGAUUUGCACGGAAUGAAGCAUACCUUUGCAAAUCUUGGAUCGUGGGUAUUUAUCAGGUGAAAACCAGCCAUUACUGUUUGUUUUAUGAAAAAGAACAUUAACUUGUGAAGCAAUAGAGGAUCUUCUGUUGGAGACAGACGUAGGAAUGGGUGCAAAAGAUAAAAUUAUGUUAACUGCAGCUUGUAAAAA